AUGAGAAAAUGGGAACCGGUACUUGAGAAAUCAUAUGGGAUUCGGGAUCUAAUUAUCUACACCGAUUGGGCCAACAGGCAUCUUUCGAAGGGAUCUCUAUCCAGGCCGAUUCGAGAUAUUUCAAAUGAAUUCCGAGAUUAUCGACUAGUUUCUCAACUUAUUAAUGUUAUAGUUCCGAUCAACGAAUACUCGCCUACAUACACAAAGAAAUUGGCUAAAAUCACAUCGAAUCUUGAUGGCCUCGAAACGUGUCUCGACUACUUGAAAAACCUCGGUCUGGACUGCUCGAAACUCACAAAAACCGAUAUCGACAGUGGCAAUUUGGGAGCAGUUCUUCAACUGCUCUUCCUACUUUCCACUUAUAAACAGAAGCUUCGGCAACUGAAAAAGGAUCAGAAGAAGUUGGAACAGCUCCCCGUAGCCGUCAUGCCUCCUGCAGUUUCAAAAUUACCAUCACCUCGUGUCGCCACGACUACAAAUCCAUCCAACCCGAAUUCAAAUUUUCCCCAAAUGUCAACGUCACGUCUUCAGACUCCACAGUCUCGAAUAUCGAAGCCAGAUUCCACCAAGAUUGGAAUCAAACCGAAGACGUCAGGACUCAGACCUCCAUCUGCUACGUCUUCUAACACAAAUAUCAAUUCAUUUCGUCCGUCGAGCCGAUCAAGUGGCAAUAAUAAUGUUGGCUCGACGAUAUCCACAUCUGCCAAAAGCUUAGAUUCAUCCUCUGCAUACAGCUCCAUUUCUAAUUUGAGUCGUCCAACGCCUUCAUCUCAAAUUCAGAAGCCAUCGAGACUUCAGACACAACAAGUUCGAGUGGCAACAACUACGAAGAUCGGAAGUUCCAAGUUGGCGGCUCCAAAAGCAGUCAGUACUCCAAAGUUGGCAUCCGUCAAGACUAUCAAAACGACGACGACAAACACAGAAUCAGAGAAUUCUGGAGGAAUGUUGAAAUUGAAAUUGUUCAGCAGCAAGAACGCAUCAUCCUCAAAUAACAGUCCACAACCUGUUAGGAAAACGGAACAAUCCAGGAUUGUACCUCCAGCUAAAACUGGUCUGAAACCACCAACAAGUUCAACGAGCAAGUUGGGAAGUGCCACGUCAAUUUCAAAACUUUGCACUCCCAAAGUCUCAUAUCGUAAACCCGAUUCCAUCCAUCAACCAGAGUCAAAAAGAUGCUCCAAAAGCAGUGAAGAAGAAUCCGGAUACGCUGGAUUCAACAGUACCUCCCCAGCGUCUUCAUCGACAGAGGGGUCUCUCAGUAUGCACUCCACUUCGUCCAAGAGUUCAACAUCGGACGAAAAGUCUCCAUCAUCAGAUGAUUUGACUCUAAACGCCUCAAUUGUGACAGCUAUCAGACAACCGAUUGCAGCCGCUGUUUCUCCAAAUGUUAUCAACAAACCUGUUGAGGAGAAACCAACACUCGCAGUGAAAGGAGUAAUGAGUUCAACAAAGAAAGAGACAGCUACAGUACCACCUACAGUACCCGAACGGAGUAAUCAGCCAGCAAUCGGAGUUGUCAGUCCAAUUAUGGCUCACAAGAAGAUGACGAAUGAAUCCGCUUCCUCUGAAAAGCCUGAAAGUCCACCCGAAAAACUUCAAUCCAUAUCAAUUGAUAGUGAUCUCCCACCACCCCCAACUCCUCUCAAAUCCUUCGAACGAGUUCCUCCAAAAAUGGCUCCAAUCCGUCAGCCUCCAACCUACGAUCUUCUUCUAAAACAAGGAAAAAUCACAUCUCCUGUCAAGUCGUUCGGAUAUGAGCAAGUCGAGUCGUCGGCGUCUGAAGACUCCAUUAUUGGGCAUGUUCAAGUGACACCACCUGUUCAAAAGUCAACUGGAAAUCAUCAUUCGUUGGAGAGAAGAAUGCAGAAGAAUAAGACGUCUGAAUCCAGUGGUUACACUUCAGAUGCUGGUGUUGCGAUGUGUGCGAAGAUGCGAGAAAAGCUGAAAGAGUACGAUGAUAUGACUCGUCGUGCCCAGAACGGCUAUCCCGACAAUUUCGAAGACAGUUCGUCUCUCUCAUCUGGAAUCUCGGAUAACAACGAACUUGACGACAUCUCGACGGACGAUUUGUCUGGCAUAGACAUGGCCACCGUCGCCUCGAAACACAAUGACUACUCUCAUUUCGUCAGACACACAUCAUCUUCCUCUUCGUCAAGACCACGUGUUCCCAGUCGUCCGUCCACAUCAGUCGAUUCUCGAUCUCGUGUCGAACAAGAGAAUGUCUACAAACUAUUAUCACAAUGUAGAACGAGCCAACGUGGAGCCGCCGCUGCCACGUCAUCAUUCGGACAACAUUCUCUGAAGUCUCCUGGAUAUUCCUCGUAUUAUCCACACCUGACAGUGUCAGCUGAUAAGGAUACAAUGUCGAUGCAUUCACAGACAAGUAGGAGACCAUCGUCACAGAAACCAUCGUAUGCAGGUCAAUUCCAUUCCCUUGACCGUAAAAGUCAUCUCCAAGAAUUCACAUCAGCUGAGCAUAGAAUGGCAGCUUUACUCAGUCCCCGAAGAGUUCCUAACUCUAUGUCAAAAUAUGAUUCAUCAGCUGCAGCAGCCCUCAACGCUUCGGGUAUGUCUCGUUCAAUGAUUCUCCUGGAAUCUCUAUCACCCCGUCCACCACGACGUCAUCAGUCACCUGCUGCUUCAUGCAUCGUCACUGCUUCACCAUCAACACGUCGAUCCCAUUCGCCACGCGCUCCCACCGCCCGUAUUCCACUUUCUCUUGCUUCGCCUGUCCACGUCAAUAACAGUAAUAACAUCAGGGGAUCAUAUUCGGCUCGAUCACGAGGCGGAUCUUCUACUGGAAUUUAUGGAGAACCAUUCCAAUUGCAUCGUUUGUCAGAUGAGAAAUCUCCCGCUCACUCUACUCGUAGUGAAAUGGGAUCUCAACUUUCAUUGGCAAGUACCACAGCCUAUGGAUCUCUGAACGAUAAAUACGAGCAUGCAAUCAGAGAUAUGGCACGAGAUCUCGAAUGUUACAAGAACACAGUAGACUCGUUGACAAAGAAGCAAGAGAAUUACGGUGCAUUGUUCGACCUUUUCGAACAAAAACUUCGAAAACUCACUCAACACAUAGACAGAUCGAAUUUGAAGCCAGAAGAAGCGACAAGAUUCCGACAGGAUAUUGCUCAUUUGAGAGAGAUCAGCAAUCAUUUGGCAACUAGUUCAAUGCAUCCUAAUGAGGGAGCCGGUGAACUUCUCCGUCAACCAUCUCUCGAAUCAGUUGCUUCCCACCGAUCGUCAAUGUCUUCCUCGUCCAAAAGCAGCAAACAAGAGAAAAUCAGUUUGAGCUCAUUCGGAAAAAACAAGAAGAGCUGGGCGCUUACCGUAGAUUCUCAGAUUCGAUCGUCACUCUCAAAGUUCACAAAGAAGAAGAACAAGAAUUAUGAUGAAGGACACAUGCCAUCGAUAUCUGGAUCUCAAGGGACAUUGGAUAAUAUUGAUGUGAUUGAGUUGAGACAAGAGCUGAAAGAGAGGGAUAGUGCAUUGUAUGAAGUGAGAUUGGAUAAUUUGGAUCGAGCACGCGAAGUCGAUGUAUUGAGAGAUACAGUCAAUAAACUAAAGACUGAGAAUAAGCUUCUGAAGAAAGAAGUUGAUAAGUUGACCUCAACGACUCGUGCAUCAUCUCGAGCGUCUAUUCCAUGUGUUCAUGACGACGAACACGUUUAUGACGCAGCAUGCAGUUCCACGUCGGCAAGUCAAUCAUCUAAAAGAUCUUCCGGUUGUAACUCAAUCAAAGUGACUGUCAAUGUGGAUAUCUCUGGAGAAAUCAGUUCGAUUGUGAAUCCAGACAAAGAGAUUAUUGUUGGAUACCUCGCAAUGCCAGCCAAUCAUUCAUCAUGGAAAGAUAUAGAUGACUCGAUUCUGGAUUCAUUCGAGAAAUAUUUGUCAAAAAUUGAUAUGGAUCACCAGUUGGAUUUAUCUGCCAAAGAUGCGAUUCUCGGAUAUCAAAUUGGAGAACUCCGCAGAGUUAUUGGUGAUUCAUCAACCAUUAUCACCAGUCCACCAAUCGAUAUUCUCACUCCGACGACUACAAUUCGAAUGUUCAUGCACGGAGCAGCGCAGAGUCGUGUUGAUUCCCUUGUUCUUGAUAUGCUUCUUCCGAAACAAAUGAUUCUUCAACUCGUGAAAUCGAUUCUCACCGAGAGAAGACUUGUUCUCGCAGGAGCCACUGGAAUCGGAAAGAGUAAACUGGCGAAGACUUUGGCUGCGUAUGUCUCACUUCGAACGAACCAAUCAGAAGAUAAAAUUGUGAAUAUCACGAUUCCGGAGAACAAUAAAGAAGAACUUCUCCAAGUGGAACGACGUCUUGAGAAGAUUCUGAGAAGCAAGGAGACUUGUAUAGUGACUCUUGAUAACAUCCCAAAAAGUAGAAUCGCCUUCGUCGUCUCUGUUUUCGCCAACGUCCCACUCCAGAAUAACGAGGGACCAUUCGUCGUCUGCACAGUGAAUCGCUAUCAAAUCCCAGAACUCAAAACGAUUCCAAACUUCAAAAUGUCAGUGAUGUCGAACCGUUUAGAAGGAUUCAUUCUCCGUUAUUUGAGAAGACGUGCAGUCGAAGAUGAAUAUCGUCUGAGUGUUCAGAUGCCAUCAGAACUCUCCAGAAUCAUCGAAUUCUUCCCAGUUGCACUUCAAGCAGUCAACAAUUUCAUUGAGAAAACGAAUUCAGUCGACGUGACAGUUGGACCAAGAGCAUGUUUGAAUUGUCCAUUGACUGUUGAUGGAUCUCGUGAAUGGUUUAUCCGAUUGUGGAAUGAAAAUUUCAUUCCAUAUAUGGAGAGAGUUGCUAGAGAUGGCAAAAAGACUCUCGGACGCUGCACUUCAUUCGAAGAUCCAACUGACAUCGUCACUGAAAAAUGGCCGUGGUUCGAUGGUCCGAAUCCAGAAGACGUGCUGAAACGUCUCCAACUUCAAGACCUGGCACCUUCACCUGCCAACUCAUCUCGCCAACACUUCAAUCCCCUCGAGUCGUUGAUCCAAUUGCAUGCUACCAAGCAUCAGUCCAUCGACAACUUCUGA